AUGAUGUUAUUUAAUGAUCAUUACUACUUGUACUAUUUAAGUAAUAUUAAACUAUAAUAGUAUUUUAAGGUACUAAUUAUUCAUGGCACUUAAUUAUCUAUAUAUACAAUGUUUUUAUUCAUUAUUUAUUAAAAAUGUAGAUAAGAAUUAAAUGAAAGUUCAGUAAUAAGUUUGGCAUUGCUAACUUUCUCUUUUAUGAUUAUGUAUUGUAAAAUUAAAAUAUAUCAUAUCACAAAUAAUAAUUUUGUGUAAAUAAAAAGAUAUCAACUUACAAAAUUAUUUUUCCACUAUUUAUAGCUACAUAAUAUGAGUGUUUUUGCUUGUAUCUCCACAUCUUUUUAUAAACAAAGUUAACCCUUAUUGACCCUCAAUUAAAGAAGUUUAAUAUAUUUUUUACAAUUACUCAAGUAGUUUAAAUACAAUAAACAUAAAUGA